AUGGGGGAGCUGGCCCCCAAGCGCCAGAAGACGGCGGAGGCGGAGAGACAGAGCAGAGCUCCACCACCUCCGCCGCAACGCCAGCAGCCAGAGGGGAGGCCGGAGGAGGCGCGGUGGCCUUCUCCGGAGCAGCAGAUUCCUCCGGUGCCACCGACGACGUGGCACCCAACGACGCCACCACCACCGACAGAGCCAAGGCCACAAACCCCACCCCCGCCGCCAGAAGCGCCAGCAGCCGGGGACCUCCACCAAAAGUUCGGGGGGUCCACGGCAGGAAAAGGGGUCCUCCUAAUUGCUCGGGGUGGUUGGGAGUGGCCCCUUUCUCCGGACGCAUUCAGGGCAACUGCCGGUGUCGCACCAGCUGGGGGGUCCGGCCCCCAGCCAGCACCUUCAGCAUCCCCUGCUGGCAGGUCGGCGACAACACCAGCAGGGACCCCGCCUGCGCCAGCACUGGUGGAGUCUGGACCCAGAGGUCCGGAGCUGGAGGCUACGGCCCCAAGGCCCGAAGCCGCGCCUCAGGAGGAGGCUGCCCGUCCCACUGCGACGGCGGAGGCGCCAGCAGCGUCGGCAGUGUCGGGCACCACGGCAGAGGCCUCUCCAGCUGAGCAAGCAGCAGAGGAGGCUGCGGCUGUGGCAGAGGCACCAGCACCGGAGGUCGCCAGCACCACCACUCCACCUGCGCAAGAAGAGGAGCUGGAGGUGGUGUAUAGAAGGCACCUUCUCCCGCGCCCAACGAAGGUCCCAUUCCCCCGCCUCCUGGCCAAGAGCCAGCAGGCUCUGGAGGAGUUGGAGGCGGGUAUCCACCAGGAGUGGGAGGAGCUGGAGGCGGAGCACCUCCGACUCUCCAGUUGGGAGUGCCGCCUGGGGGACCGCAUCAAGACAGUCUCCACCCGCUACGCCGGGGAGCACGCUGAGCUCACGCUGGAGCGCGAACUCCUGCAGGAGCAGUUGCAGAAGGCUCUCGACCAAGAGGCAGCAGCUGCCCAACAGGAGAGAGCGGCCGCACGGCGGGAGAAGCAUGCUAUCAAGUGGGAGCUUGUGGCGGAGACGAGGGUGAGCGUGGUGGAGGACAGGACGAAGACUGCCCUGGAGCUGACCAACCAGGCCAAGGUGGUGAUGGAGCUAGCUAAGGAGCAGGAAGCUGCCCUCGCGGGAUGA